UACCUGGGAAACUACAACAAGAAGCUGGACAGCCAGCAGAUGGCGCUGCUGGUGCGCAACCCGGCGGCGCGCAUCCCGCUGUGGCUCGCGCAUGCGUGCGAGGAGCUGCGCGUGUUCGGCGAGUUCACGACCGUGACGGCGCGAAUCGAGACGCUGCCGGAGUCGAAGGAGGGACUGCUGGGCAAGAUACUGGAUCGGCUGCUGAAGGAGGACGCGACGGGCUACCUGAAGAAGGCUGUGUGCCUCAUCGCCAUCUCGCGUAACGGCUUACCAGAGAAGUACAUGCCGCGACUGCUGGGCGAGAGCAGCGAGCCCGCGUCGCAGUUCUUCUGCGCGGAGGUGAGGCGCCACCUGAAGACGUUCACGCGAAACUCCGGCGACUACAUGCAGCGCUACGUGUUCAGCCACGCCGCCAUCGGAAAGAUCGUCCGUGAGAAGCUGUGCGAGGAUGGGGACACGGCGCGGCGCUACCACGCCCUCCUCGCCGAGUUCUACGAGCGAGAGAGCAGCAGCGAGUCCCAGCCAGAGUACGCCUUCCACCUGCUACACUCAGGCCAGCGCGAGAAGCUGGUGAACUUCCUCAAGAGCCGACGCUCACCGCACAUCCAGCAGUCACAGCGGCAACGCACCCUGCAGGAGGUGAGGUGCCAUGUGAUCGCCCGCCAGGACUUUGCGCGCUCCCAGCCCGCAUACCUCUGCAUCUUCUGCUGCGGCACUAUCACCAUGAUGGCAACUCUCAGCCACUCGUGCAUCGUGUGCGGGAUGUGCGUGCCGAAAGGUUUCGGCAAACCAGCCUACCUCUGCCACGUGCACCGCCACAUCGACUGGACGGGCAUGCUCACUUGUUUCCACUGCAACAAGGUGCAGCCGACGACGCCACCAGAGCGCGCCCCGAAGCCGGCGCAACUCUGUCAGCAGUGCAGCGUCAGGGACACUUGCUGCAAGCUGUGCCUCGUCUAGCCCGCGGCGCAGGUCAAGGUCGCCGGGUCAAGGUCGACCAAUCGGGACGCGGUCUAUACGACCUCU